AUGCAGGGCAUUACUUUUGAGCUUGAUGAUGAAAUGGUUGCAGAUGAUGAGGAAAGGGAGACAUUGCAAGAAAUUGUCAACAACACUAAACUAAGUGAAGGCUUUCUUACCCUUGCUCGUGAUAUCGAGGUCAUGGAGCCCAAAUCUCCUGAGGAUAUAUAUAAGGCACAUUUGCUUGACGGUCGGGCUAGUGCGGGAGCAAGUGUUGAUUCAGCCCGACAGAAUCUAGCAGCAACGUUUGUCAAUGCUUUUGUCAAUGCUGGCUUUGGACAGGGCUGUGCUUUUGUGACAUUCGUUACUUUUCUGUCUCAGGAUAAGUUAAUGACGGUCCCAUCCGAGGCUUCAAGUGGUGGUUCUUCUGGAAACUGGCUUUAUAAGAAUAAAGAACAUGGGAAGACCAGUGCUGCAGCUAGUCUGGGUAUGAUUCUGCUUUGGGACGUUGACUCUGGACUUGCCCAAAUUGAUAAAUAUUUCCACAGCAAUGACAACCCUGGUAUGAUUCUGCUUUGGGAUGUUGACUCUGGACUUGCCCAAAUUGAUAAAUAUUUCCACAGCAAUGACAACCCUGUCAUUGCGGGUGCUUUAUUAGGCGUGGGGAUUGUGAAUUGUGGUAUCAAGAAUGAUUGUGAUCCUGCAUUGGCACUCCUUGCUGAUUAUAUUGAUAAAGAAGAUUCUUCUGUCCGAAUUGGUGCAAUAAUGGGCCUGGGUCUUGCAUAUGCAGGUGCUCAGAAUGAGCAGAUCCGUGGUAAACUGACUCCUAUCCUUGGAGAUACAAAGGCCUCCCUUGACGUGAUAGCGUUUGCUGCAAUCUCACUGGGAUUAGUGUAUGUGGGUUCCUGUAAUGAAGAGGUCGCCCAGGCAAUUAUAUUUGCAUUGAUGGACAGAAGUGAGUCAGAAUUGGGGGAUCCCCUCAGUCGACUUUUGCCGCUUGGCCUCGGUCUUCUUUACCUUGGGAAGCAGGAAAGUGUGGAGGCCACAGCUGAAGUUUCGAAGACAUUCAAUGAAAAAAUUAGAAAAUAUUGUGAUAUGACCCUGCUUUCUUGUGCCUAUGCUGGAACUGGGAACGUACUCAAGGUCCAACACUUUCUAGGUCAGUGUGCACAACAUCUGGAGAAAGGUGAAACCUACCAGGGACCUGCUGUACUUGGAAUUGCAAUGGUAGCAAUGGCUGAAGAACUGGGCCUUGAAAUGGCGAUUCGUUCGUUAGAGCAUCUUUUGCAGUAUGGGGAGCAGAAUAUCCGAAGGGCAGUUCCUUUGGCUCUUGGUCUCAUCUGCAUAUCAAACCCUAAGGUAAUCAUCCUAGUGCUAUUUGCCGGGGCUGAGCACCCUUCGACGAUUAGGAACAAUUUUCAGUUGCUGAGAUUCCUACCUUCUCGGUCUGUUGGUAUGGUCAAUGUUAUGGACACAUUGAGCAGACUUAGUCAUGAUACAGAUACAGAAGUAGCAAUGGCUGCUGUCAUCUCCUUAGGUUUGAUCGGUGCAGGAACCAACAAUGCUAGGAUAGCUGGCAUGCUUCGCAAUCUUUCAAGUUAUUACUACAAAGAAGCCAGCCUUCUCUUCUGUGUUCGAAUUGCUCAAGGUCUUGUACAUUUGGGGAAGGGUUUGUUGACUCUUUCUCCAUAUCAUUCGGAACGGUUUUUGCUAUCCCCGACUGCAUUGGCGGGACUUGUGACUUUACUGCACGCAUGUCUUGACAUGAAAGCCAUCAUCUUGGGGAAAUAUCAUUAUGUUCUAUACUUCCUUGUUUUGGCAAUGCAGCCAAGGAUGCUGUUGACUGUGGACGAAAAUCUGAAACCUCUAUCGGUACCUGUCCGGGUUGGCCAAGCUGUUGAUGUUGUUGGCCAGGCGGGUCGACCAAAGACCAUCACUGGUUUCCAGACCCACUCGACCCCUGUUCUCCUGGCUGCUGGUGAUAGAGCAGAACUUGCAACUGAGAAGCAUAUUCCACUCUCGCCCAUUCUUGAAGGUUUUGUCAUCUUGAAAGAGAAUCCGGAGUACAGAGAUGAUCACUAG